CAACCCAAUCCGAUCAUGUUCGCACAAGUAACUCGCUCGCUGCUCCGCGCAGCCCCCGUGGCCCGCAGCCCUCUGUCCGUGUGCGCGCGCACCGCCUUCAGCACUUCCCNNUCAUCCAAGUCGCUCAUCUCGAGAAUGUCGCAAAUGUCGCUCGCCAGACCCGUCGCAUCGCCCACAAAGAGCCUGGUUGCCUUCCAACAAACAAGAGGAAUGAAGGUCCGAAGUUCAGUCAAGAAGCUGUGUGACGGUUGCAAGAGUGUGCGCAGAAAGGGCGGUAAAUACGUCUACAUCAUUUGCAGCAAGAACCCAAAGCACAAGCAG